UUAUUGAAAACAUUACGUCCAGCAUAUGGACCUCCAUCAAAAGAUAUUCUUUCUGGUUGCCUUUUGGCACAAGAAACAGCUUUUGUUAAUCGAGCAGUAAUUAAAGGAUUGAAAAUUCCCAAGACUUGA